CAAAAAAAAAGUUUUUUUUUUUUGGGCAAAAAUGGCCAUGAAAUCAAAAUCCAUUUCCCUCCAAAUUCUCACCAUUUUCUUGAUCUUUUUAUCUGCUUCCAAUUUAUGCACAUGCUUAAAUCCAGAAACACAAGCCUUGCUAGAUUUCAAAACACACCUCAUUGAUCCAUUGAACUACUUAGAAUCUUGGAAAGAAUCAUCAGAUUCUCCAUGCCAAUUCUAUGGAGUUUCAUGUGAUCAAGAAACCGGUUUCGUGACCGAAAUUUCGCUCGACAACAAAUCCCUAUCAGGGGUGUUGUCGUCAUCUCUCUCCAUGCUUCAAAACCUCACUUCUCUAUCGCUGCCAUCAAACACGAUUUCCGGAAGCCUUCCGAUCGAGCUCACCAAGUGCCGAAACCUCAAAGUCUUGAAUUUCUCCGACAACUAUUUAAACGGCAGUAUUCCGAAUCUGUCCUCACUGACCAACUUGGAGAAACUCGAUUUAUCGGAUAAUAACUUAUCAGGGAAAUUCCCGAGUUGGGUUGUGAGUUUGACACGUUUGGUUGCGUUAGGCCUCGGGGAUAACAAUUAUGACGAGGGCGAGAUUCCUAAAGAUAUUGGGGAUUUAAAGAGCUUGUAUUGGCUCUAUCUAGCUGGUUCGAACUUGAGAGGCGAAAUUCCCGAGUCUAUAUUUGAGCUGGAGGCAUUAGGUACAUUGGAUAUAUGCAAGAACAAAAUUUCUGGAAGAUUCCCAGAGUCGAUAAGCAAGCUGAGGAAUCUGUUCAAGAUCGAGCUUUAUAAUAACAAUUUAACCGGCGAAAUUCCAGCUGGACUUGCAAAUGUGACUCUUCUUGAGGAGUUCGACAUAUCAGCAAACCAAAUGCAUGGCAAAAUCCCUUUUGAGAUUGGCGAUUUGAAGAAACUAACUGUUUUUCACGUGUUCAAUAACAAUUUCUCUGGAGAAAUUCCAUCAAAGUUUGGUGAAAUGCAGAAUCUCCAAGCCUUUUCUAUAUAUAGAAACAGCUUUACAGGGGUAUUUCCCGAAAAUCUCGGCCGUUUUUCGCCACUAAACGGUAUCGACAUAUCCGAGAAUAAAUUCUCCGGGCCAUUCCCAAAAUACCUCUGCCAAAAUGGGAAUCUGCAGAAUUUGCUCGCACUGGAGAACAAGUUUUCGGGGGUAUUUCCGGAAACUUACGCUAGAUGCAGUCCUCUUCAAAGGCUGAGGGUCAAUCUAAACCAGCUCGAAGGUGAAAUUCCAGAUGGAGUGUGGGCCCUACCUAAUGUCUCUGUCAUGGAUUUUAGUGAUAAUUAUUUCACUGGAGGGAUAACGAAAGGCAUCGAGGCUUCUCUGCAGUUGAACGAGCUAAUACUGUCGAACAAUAGGUUUUCGGGCGAGCUGCCUAAAGAAAUUGGAAAGCUCACUCAACUGGAGAGAAUAUACUUGAACAACAACAGAUUCUCCGGGAAUAUUCCUUCGGAGAUCGGCGAUUUGAAGCAGAUAACAUCUCUGCAUUUCGAAGCAAAUGCCUUCACUGGAUCAAUACCUUCGGAAUUGGCUGGCUGUCCUAGAAUGGCGGACUUAAAUCUCGCUUCGAAUUUACUAAGUGGUGGCAUUCCAAGUAGUUUCUCGAAGAUGGCCUCGUUGAACUCGUUGAAUCUUUCGAGAAACAGACUCACUGGACCAAUUCCAAGAAGUUUCGAUAAGAUGAAGCUGUCUUUGGUAGAUUUGUCGGAUAAUGCUCUCUCAGGUAGCAUUCCACCUUAUUUUCUUACGGUGGCGGGCGAUAAAGCACUUUUCGGAAACAAAGGUCUUUGCAUCGAUGAAAAAGAAAGCAGCGGAAAGUUUAUCAAUUCAGAGUUGGGUUUUUGUGACGAGAAAAACGGGCACCGAAAUUUUAUUAAAAGUAAACUAGUAAUGCUGUGUGUGAUCUUGCUUGCAUUGGCUAUUUUACUAGGCGGAUUAUUGCUCGUGAGUUAUAAGAAUUUCAAGAAAGGUGAAUCAGAAAAGGAAAUCGAAGAGGGCAAUGGGGUAGAUCCAAAGUGGAAGCUUGAGAGUUUCCAGCAUAUCGAAUUAGAUGUGGAUGAAAUAUGCAACACGGACGAGGAUAACUUGAUCGGUAGUGGAAGCACCGGAAAAGUCUACAGGCUAGACUUGAAGAAGGGCUGCGGUGGCGGCACAGUGGCGGUGAAGCAGCUGUGGAGGGGUAACGGGGUGAAACUCAUGGCGGCAGAAAUGGAUAUUCUGGGAAGCAUUAGGCACAGAAAUAUACUGAAGCUGUACGCUUGCCUUACGAAAGGAGGUUCGAAUUUCUUGGUUUUCGAGUACAUGACAAACGGGAAUCUUUUUCAGGCACUUCACAGAGAAAUUAAGGCUGGGAAACCGGAACUGGAUUGGUUCCAACGGUACAGAAUCGCCCUCGGCGCAGCUAAAGGAAUAGCUUACUUACACCACGAUUGCUGCCCAGUUAUUAUCCACCGAGACAUAAAAUCGACAAAUAUAUUACUCGAUGAGGAUUAUGAAGCCAAAAUCGCUGAUUUUGGUGUUGCGAAAAUGGCGGAUCAAGUUUCUCCCAGAGGGUCUGAGUUCAGUUCUUUUGCAGGCACUCAUGGCUAUAUAGCACCUGAGAUGGCGUAUUCGCUGAAAAUAACUGAGAAAAGCGACGUGUAUAGUUUCGGGGUGGUGCUAUUGGAGCUGGUGACGGGAAAAAGGCCGGUGGAGGAUGGUUACGGAGAAGGGAAGGACAUUGUUUAUUGGGUUUCGACUCAUUUAAACGAGAGGGAAAACGUGAUCAAAGUUCUCGAUCAAAAAGUGGUUACCGACUUAAUUCGAGAUGACAUGAUAAAGGUGUUGAAGAUCGCCACUCUCUGCGCAGCUAAGCUUCCGAAUUUGAGGCCGAGCAUGAAAGAAGUGGUGAAAAUGCUUGUUGAUGCUGAGCCCUGCAGUUACAAGUCUCCAAACAAUUACCAGAAGAAUGACAAGGCUUAUCUCUCAGUUUAACUAUGUGUAAGAUAGUUUGUCUGUGUUCUUGGUAUUUGAGGUACUAGGUAAAAAUAUAAGUGCCUUGUUAUAUUUAUCAAAAAGUGUAAUAGGUGUGUGUUAUAAGAAAGAGUAAAACAAUUAUAAUAUGUAUAAAUGUGAUUUAAAGAAGGAUAAUUAUAUUAUUAUUACAGUCAA